AUGGAAAUACGCGUAAAUCAUAGCAGACAGACAAGUCAUAAUUGCAAAAGUUUGUUUGCUUUGUUCGUGUUAAUUCUUUAUUUUUGGAUCUCAUUAAAGCCGAAACAAGACAGGAAAUACGAGGAACGUUUAAGGGCAGAAAUCUUCCGCUGGCAAGCGCCAGAACUUUUUCACAGUUACGAACCACACAAGGAGAGCGAUGUAUAUGGACUUGCUAUGCUGAUUUGGGAAAUGUGUACAAUGAACGUACCAUGGAGCGGAUACAGCAGAGCAGAUGUGGACAGACACUACACACACUGGAAACGUGGUGUCGUUACGGAUUCAUACGAUUUCCCACCUUUGCUUAACAAUCUACUAGAAGCUGGACUGCAAUUGGACGUCACUAAAAGAACGUUAGAUAUGAAUCGUAUGCGUAGAUUUCUACAGAGACUAGAGAUGCAGUACGAGGAUGAGGAACCCGUGUACGUCGAUCAGUACGCAAACAACAAUAACGAGAGCGGAAAGACGUACGUUUUGCCGGCGACGAAACAUUCCGUGGUGAUGUCGAAAAGUAAGGAUUCGAAACUUGCCAAAAGUGCUUCGAUCAAGCAGUUGUACCCCUCGAAAACCUCUGAUUCCCCAGCAAAACAGUAUUUGCACUCGAGGAAAACUGUAUCCAAGCAAAAUGCAAGCUCAAAGACGCCGACGCACACCAAACAAGCGAACCUCCUCGUAGAUGAUAUGAAACGCACCCCCAAAGAUGACUUACAGAAGGGCGCAAACAUAGUCUGCGGCACGCAGAAUAAUUAUAGGAAUGGAAGCUAUUCGAAUUGCGAUUUAGAAACGACGGACAUUCUGAGGGAGAAAGAUUUCGAAGAUACUUCGGACACUCCGCAACCGUGGCAAUGCGCCUACAAAAAGGUGAGGGGACCGGGGGAACUCGUGGACUCUAGAACCGUAUCGAUAUAUUCCUCACCGUUGCCGGAUUCUACCGACGAUGAAUCCUUCAAAGAUGCAAGGACCAAUUUGGAACAAUUGAAGAAAACAUUGGCGAACAAGAGAGAACACUUCUUCUACGGAAGUGAUUCGUCGUCCAACACUGCAGACUCAAGUCAGGAAACUAAGAACAUAAUAUUCGCCCAAGUAAAGAGCAAAGACUAUGAACCACAUAAGCCAGCUAGCCACAAAACUAGUUUGGAACCGAAAUUCAAUAAAUCUCCUGGUCAGUAUGAUCCGUCUUGUAUGAAAUCGUCGUUUCAGCAAUAUCGAAAGAUUCCUUAUUUGCACACGCCAGAAAGCAUUAAGGACGCUAUAGCGCAGCCACAGGUACUAAAUUCCGACCCGCAAAGCUUUUUCGAAACUUCUUUGUGGAGAAAGGAAAAGUUAAUUUGUUUGGCGAAAAUGAGAAAAUCGUAUGGAGAUGAAUCGGUACACUCAAAUGAUACAAUUUGUAAUGGUACUUUGAGUGAAAAUGAAACGUCGGAAACAAACUCUCCAAAAAACGCUACCGAAACAGAAACCAGCCAAGACGAAUUAACAGAAAUUCCUCUGCAAAAAGACAUAAAAGACGCAUUGGAUCGAGCUACGAAAAUUCUACUUUCUGCCACGCCAAAAACUGAUGAUGUGCGUUCGACAUCUUCGUUUGAAACAUACUCGGACUUCGACGUUAUGUUGGACGACAGUCAAGCCUGCAAAAACAUUUUCGAAGAAACGUACAAUUUGCGAAUGAACGACGACAACGAAGAGAUCAAAUGUAUCGAAAGAUCGACAAAGAGAAACGAAAUGAAUUUGUUCGGAAAGAAUGAUACAAUUGAUAAAACGGCAGAGACAAACAAAUCGUUUCUGUUCAAUGAAAAUGAUAUGAUAGAGAGAAGAACAAAUAUCAAUGAAUCCCAACAUGACAAUGAUAUUUCCAUCAGUAUUGCUAGUUAUGAAAAUCCUUCUGAUUCAUACGAUGCGACGUACAGCAGAAAUUUUGUUUGCGAAUCUAUCGCCGAAGUAUCAAGUGAAUUUCUCAAUGUUUCCUAUACCGAUUCAAAAUUAAACAAGACAACCGAAUUGUAUAGCAACUCGGAAACCACCGUCGAGAAACAAGAGAAGAAACCCUUAGAAGAUGUACAACAUAUUUCUGCGACGAUCGAAGAACGUGAUAACGAUGUUCGAAUACAAAUUAACGAUAACGAAAAGAAAUCCGAAACAACGAACUUGAAUUUCAUGUUUUUAACCGACACGUCGAAAACUAAAAACUGCAAAUCAUGUUGUCCGUCCGAUUUGCCAAGGCGACGUUCUUUACCAGCAGCAUUGAGCCAGUUAAAACUACUUAAUAAUUCAACGUUAGGGAAGCUACCUAUACGCAGAGGGGAUGUUCCAGACAACACUGUCGAAGACUUAUAUAUAGAUGACGAAUUCGGCGAUAGUUUGAACGUUAAUAUGGUUUUAUUAGAUGAAGAUUUAUUAUACGAUGACGAUUUCUUACCCGACUUACUAGAAAUAUAGGAUAUUAUAAAGUAAUUAUCAUUUCCAUUAUCCAAAACUGACGAAUAGUUUAUUAAAUUUCAUUUUUAAAAAAACACUUGAAAUAUUACAUGAUCAUUACGUUCCAAUACUGUUGGAAUAAUCAGAACUGACAAGUAAGCACCUACAAAUGUUUUAUGUUCAUUUUCAAAAAUAUUCAUAUAUUUUGUAAUUUCGAUUAGUACAUUAACGUGUAUCUCUAUGUUACGUAAAAUAUGAUCA